CCAGAAUCUGUGUUCUUAGGAGAGCCAUUGGUUUUCCCCACAGAUGAUCGAUCUGGCCUCCUAGGUGCUCUAAUCUAAGAAAAGAACAUUCAGUUUGGUUCAUCAUGGUCAGACAUUGGCUGGCGAGGCGGCAGCACUUGGUCAAAGGGCGAACGAACAUAAAAUGUCCAAUGAUAAUGGUUCUUCUAUUAGACCUGCCGAAGAGGUAACUCAGACUCAUAGUCAAUACCCUACACGCCGAGGAUAGGUUGUUAUAUCAGUAGGUCAUCAAUCACGUCAAUAGAGACAUGAUGUGUCGAUGAGAGACCACAAGGCUGAAGAUGAACAAAUACUCCAUACUUAACGGGUCAACUUCGGCUUCUCUGUCAACGAACAUCUGUCCUCCGAUGCUGGCAAUGGAUGAGAGGUAGAGUCAACGACACACAUUAACAAUUCACCACAGAGUAAAUAACAAGGCAAAACAAUGCGCGUUCAAUGACCUUUACAGAUGUUACAGACGACUUGACAUUUUCUUCAUAGUAGUCUACCGAGACUGGAAACCAACACCAUCACCACUACCACCAAGAUGUCCUCACCACCUCAAAAAGUUUCCCUCUACUCCGUCAACGAUCUCAAAAAUGCCACCGACGACGCGUUGGCACCGUACCUCACGAGCCUCCCCAAACCAUACACGUUCAAACAACAACACUCCAGCACCAACGUCCGACUGAUCCUGGGCUACAGCGCGGUCGUGAUAGCUGGGAUACUCUUCUACGCCGACUACAAACUAGGUUGGGACGCGACAAAGGCAUACACCGGUCCGGCCUGCGUGGCGUACUUUGUCCUCAAUGGUCUAUUGACUUAUUGGAUCUGGGCUGUCGAAGCUGGUACAGUGUUUGUCGGUACGAGAGAGGGAGGACAAAAGUUGACCCUAAAAUCCUCGACUCAAAAGUACAAACCAAGUUACAAACUCAAAGUGUCUUACGAGGCGCCGUCGGGCAAAAAGUGGCAAGACAGAGAGAUCGAAGGCUCAUUCACACAAUGGUUCAACACCCACGGAUACCUGCAAAAGAAGGAACUCCAGUCCUGGCUGGCACAGAACAUUGAAGUCUUGGGCGUGGCACAAAAGGAAGGAAAAGCCGCCGUCGAACCCACCACGGAAAUCCCGGCAAUUGACGAUGCCACACUGGCAGCCAUCUCGGGAGCGGGAGGUAUGAGUUUCUCGUCGGGCGCCGACGCGGGGACCGUACCUGUUCCAGCUACACCUUCAACAACAGCCAAAAAGGGAAGAUCGAAGAAGAAGACGACGUAGGCCAAUUUGUCGACCACCGCACCAGAAUAUGACGCAUCCAAAAUCCAUCUGUCCUAGGUUCAUCACCCUUUUUGCCAGUCCUAUGACAUGCAUGCGCGCGACUAAGGGUUUCUGAGGUGGAAGACGCGGGACCAGAAAAUACCCAUCACCCUAUCAAUCUCACUUCAGACGUCGUAGAGCAGUGGGGGGGGCGGUUAUUUCCAGACACGCAUCGAUUCCACGGUACUGUGAAGACCAACCUCGGCGCUGAAAACCAGGCCCACCCGCUCAUACGGGACCUAUUUCACACACUCGUCUGACACCUUCGGCGAGAGUGAUCUACAUUGACACCGAGAGUCGAGUAAGCCUCGAGAAGAACCGCCGUGAACUCGGAACUCGUGACUGUAUGAGCGUGGGAUUGGUUUCCUCUUUGGACUGGACGAGAAUGAACCCGGUCCAGUCAGUGGCUGCCCAUUCAGGAUUCCUUUACCAGACCACGUCAAAAGUGCAGGACACUAGAAAGACUCGGGGAUAGAAUCAAACUGGUCGUGAAUGGCAAGUGAGUCUCGGAUGCUCCUCGUCUCUACCUUCCAAACGGACGGAAAUUUUGAAAGGAUACCUCUCGCGACAUUCAGUAUGAGCUUGAUACACAAUGAACGUAAUGAUCGGAUGCGCAUCUUCUCUCUACCUUUGCAAAAUUCUGUUCAAUUCUCAUUUCAUUCACUCAGGCCGCGGGACAUUCAUCAAACUUUCUCUCCCGUCUCAUUUCUUCUCCUCGUGCUGCUACACAUUCGAUUGUACGGGCAGAAAUUAUCCUUCGGUCUCGUCCUUUGUGUCUAAUUUUUUUUUGAAUCGUCAUUCAGCAAAGCAAGCCAGCAAAACCAGCGCUACUAUUUCCCCGUUGUACGGAACGACAACAACAACAACAAAAUACUGGAGUACCACCAAGUCUCCUAUAUCCCCCUGAGAAAUGCAUACGUCCGUACACCCUUUGAUCUCGUUCCAUGCAUAUAUGCUCACGACAACACCGAGAUGAUCGCGCCCGACAAGCCGGCUUCAUCUGUCCGAACAGAUACCUUGACUGUGACGCCCGACUUGGCAGAAAACACCAUCUUGACAAGCGCAGCAACGCGUCCACCGGUCACUGACUUGCCGUAAAGUUUCAGAGUAUGCGUGCUGUUGGACAAAACCACGUCUGUGCCUUCGAGGGGUUGUAGAGAAAGUGUCUGGGUGAGUUGUUCCGUAGCGUCUGAAGGAUCAAAAAUUAGCAUGAAGCACGCUCCAACCGAGCGUCGUAAAUACUUACCUGCCAGGCUUUUAACGCUCGCCAGUUGCAAUGUGUCGCUAGAUUCUUCGCCGUUGGCACCUGUUCCCUCCCAAAUGUGAUCAAAGCUACCAGCAAAGGCAGGUGAGACAAAGUCUGCUCCUGUGAGCUCGAGAUUCUCGACCUC